UCAUUGCAAAGAAAAAAAAAAAAAAAAAAAAAAAAAAUCAUUUUCAUAAUAGGACGACAAUAAUUAAGAAAGAACGGUGCCACGUGUGACUUACUUUUAUAUAUUAGUUUUCUUAUAAUCAAUGGACCCUAAAGAUAAUCAAAUAAUUAAUUAAUUAAUUAAUAUUUAUCGAGUUUACGACAUCGUCAUUUCUUUCUUUUUUUUUUUUUUUUUUCUUUCUUUGUUUUCGUUUCAUGUUUUUUUUUUUUAAACGCACAACAAACGAAAGUAUUGCGUCAACGAUUAUCAUCUCAAAGUGCCUAUCCAACGUGCCUAACUGAAAGAUCGAUAAUGGGCACACGAAAUGACAAUGGUUCAUUGAUAUUUCUCGUAUACCGUAAAAAUUUAAACGGCUUUGUAUAUUUAAGAAAGAAGACGACGUUUAAAUUACACUCUGCAAUCUUAUUAAUUAAGGAUGAAACUGUUUACAUGCUUUAUUACUUCGAACGGUGUUUUACAUGUUUAAAAGAAGAAGAAGAAGAAGAAGAAGAAGAGAAAAAAGCGAAAAAGAAGAAAAAAAAAAAAGAAAGAAAAAAGACAAGAAAAGACAAAAAGGAAACGUCCCUUCUUAUCGACGUAACGAUAAUAGAAAUUUGGUGUAUAACGAACAUUCCAAAGAUAGAACAAUGGAAGAGAUAGAGAGAGAGAGAGAGAGAGAGAGGGCUGUCGUUUGUAUAAUUUGUCUGGUGCUACCAAAUACACUGAUCAUUUUUUCCAGUAUUAAAUAAAGUAGUUGAAGAGAAGAAAAAAAAAAGAAUAAAAAAAAAAAAAAGAAGAAAGAAAGAAAAAAAAAAUACAACGAACGAACGAACAUAAACGAGCCUAUUACAUUUAUUUAUCUAUCCACCUAUCCGUCUAUCAAAUUUAAUUCUUCCUGAUAAAGAUAAAAAAAAAAAUUUGGAUAUACUCUUAACAAGUAUAAAGAUCCACCACCAUCACCGUCACUAAAAAGAAACGAAAAAAAAAAAGAAAAAAAAAAGAAUGAAAAGAAGCGCGCUCGACCGAGCGUACGAGGUUGACGCAAAAGAGCGCUGCGAUCGCCGAGAGAUGUCAGGCGAGUCGUUAGUGUUCGGUAAACUUCGGUAAGAUUCGUGUUACGUUCGGUAAUAGUCGCGGCGGCUCGCGGUGCGGAUUCGUUAUAUUCGUAGUGGGGGUCGUCAGUGGGUUGCCGUCGGCGUGAGGUGGCGGCGGCAUCGUACGCGAGGAUAAAACAGAGUGGGGUCGAUCGAGACGCGUGCCGGGCGGGUAGAAAAGAAGUUAGAGCGCGCGGUGCCGCGGGCCCGUGCUCUCGUGCCCGACGAGUGUGUGUUCGACGACGACGACGACGACAUAAUAAUAAUAGCGGAUAGAAAAGAGACAUAGAGAAAGAUUGUAUGAGAAAACGCGAGAGAGAUAGAGAGAAGGAAAGAAAGAGAAAGAGAAAGAGAAAGAGAGGGAAAGAGAAAACGACGUCGAGGAGAACGACGACGACGACGACGACGACGACGACGACGACAACGACGACGAGGAGGAGGAGGAGGAGGAGGAUUAGUCGAAGAAGAGUAAGUUAGUAAGUUAGUCAGUGAGUGUAAGUUUCGAAGAGAAGGAAUAGGAGAGAAGAAGAAGAAGAAGAAGAAGAAGAAGAGGAAGAAGAAGAAGAAGAAGAAGGAAGAGGUGGAGGUGGUGGAGGUUGAGGAGGUGGAGGUGGAGGUGGAGGUGGAGGAGGAGGUGGAGGUGGAAAAGAGGACUGUACAACGACCGCGAGGAGAUAGAUUGGAGUAAUAGUAGUAGAAGGAGAGUAGGAGUAUAGGAGGGGAGGUUGUGGAGGAGGGCCACUGCCAAGAAAACAGUAGUGCGUUCCUUGGCAAGAUGGCAGACGGUCCGUCCGCGGAAGAGGCGUCUGCUGUUGAUGUUCGGAUUCUAUCGAGGGAACGACAGAAACGACAGGACCCAACUUCGACGUCCCAACCAACCAACACUGUACUUACGGGUUCGUCGUCAUCGUCGUCAUCAUUAUCAACAUUAUCAACAUUAUCAACAUCCUCCUCGUCAUCAUCAUCAUCAUCAUCAUCAUCAUCAUCAUCAUUGUUGUCGUCGUCGUUGUUGUCGUCGUCGUCGUCGUUGUCUUUGAGCACGGGCCAGGACCUUGUUAUUAGACGGUUUAUCAAUAAACGGGAUAAUAACGGUGAAUUUUACGAGGAUUACGAUUACGAUUACGAGGACGACGAGGAUGACGAUGACGACGAGGACGACGAGGACGAGGACGAUUACGAGGAACUUGACAACCGACGUCGUUACCAUCAUGAUCGUCAUAAUCAUCACCAUUACCUUUAUCAACAACACCAACAACAACAACAGCAACAGCAACAACAGUUACAACAGGAAAGGAUUCCUAACGAAGGUGCUGCUGGUGGAAUUGGUAAUCAUUUUAAUAGUGAUGGCAGUGGUACUGCUCGUCGUGGUGGUGUUGGUAGUGUUGGUUGUGGUGUUGGUAGUGGCAGUGGUAGUGGCAGUUGUGGUGGUGCUAGUGCUGGUGCUGUUGGUGGUGGUGGUGGUGGUGGUGUCGUUGUCGUCGUCGGUGGUGAUUGUGCGUCCACGAUACGUGGAAAGGAACAUAACAAGGUGUUGUUAUACGAUGAGGAAGAUGAUUACGAGGAAGAGGACGAGGAUGAUCAGGAGGAGGAGGAGGAGGAGGAGGAGGAUGACGACGACGACGAUAACGACGACGACGACGACGACGACGACGAAGGUGAGGAAGGUGAUGAGGAAGAUGAGGAAGAGGAAGAGGAAGAGGAUGAUGACGAACUGCCAACGCCAAUCGAAAAUCGAAGAGUUAGGAUAGGCUUGAUGAAAAAGUCGACCGAGGGCAUUGUCACGAGUAUCACUGGUGUUGGUAAUAAUAGAAAUGUUAAUACCAGUGGUAUAAUAGGACAUGGUGUUAACAUACAUAGUGGUGGUGCUACUGGUGGUGGUGGUGGUGGUGGUGGUGGUGGUGCUUCUUUGUUGGUAACAAAGAUGCUCGGUAAUACACGCUCCUCGCGUUUAAUCGAUGUUGUUAACGUACUCGUUGAUCCGUCGGAAUCGGUUGGUACGAAACUAACCCCGAAUUUAUCCAACAUCAACGAAAGAAAUGAUCGGGUUAGAUCCGAGGCUGACGAAGACCAUGACAAUAAAAAGAAGGAAACUCAAUUACAACAACAACAACAACAACAACAACUACAACAACAACAACAACCACUGCAAUCGCAGCAACUACCACUGCAGCAGCAUCAACAACAACAACAACAGCAACCACAGGAACAUCAGCAACAGCACCAGCAGCAACAACAGCAGGAAGAUAAAAAGAAAAAGAAGAAGAACGAAGAGAAAGAUAGAAGAGGAGACGAUACCACGAACGAUCCUCCUCCCCUUAACACCGUAACCGUCACCAUCACCCCUGCCUCCCCUUCUUCUUCAACAACCGUCACAACGAGCGGAAUAGCGAAUGCCGUCGUCCUCGUUGCCACUGGCAGUGGCAGCGUCAGCAACAACACCACCAGCAACACCGGCAAUAGUAGCAGCAGCAGCAGCAGCAGCACCGGAAGUGGCAGCUCCGUUGCCGGCGGCGCGAGCAACGUCAAGAGUAGUAGUUGCGCCGGCUCCUUGUCCAACGGCAGCCCCUUCAAAGGACAGGUCAGGAUGGCCGAGGAGACUCUCGUUGGGCCUUGCGGCAAGAAGCGUUGCGCCGAUCGAUACGACAGUUCUGAGAGUUCCGACAGCGGAGUUGCGGUUUCGUGCGGGGAGUGUAGCAGUAGCGGUACAAGUGACAUAACCGAGCCAGGCUCACCGUGUAGUACAAGUAGCGACGAGGGUGUAGCAAUAAGAGGAGCAUCGGCAAGUCCAUUACCAAGUUUGCCCAAGCUGGCGCCGUCCUCGCAAUUGGGUACCAGGCCCCAGUGGCCUUGGACCCCGCCAUUGGCGGCAACCGCUUGUUCAACUUACAAGAGACUGAAAGGUGAGCCAGAAGCAGGAACAUUGCCGAGGUCCGGAGCAGCUGAUCCAACUUCCCGUGGAUCAUCAAAGGCAAACAGUAACAAGCCAGUUGGUGUUAUACACCAUAACGAAUCCUCGUCCCAAGGAAAGAUAACGGAAUAUUUUAAAACUCAGAUUAAACCGCAACAACCAAAACUUAAGAAGACGUCGGAAACAAUGUCGGUACUGGUUGCUAAAUCUACCACGGAAUUUCGAAGGCCACCUACCGUGCAAAGGAACAAAGGUGGCUUAGCCAAAUACCUCGGUACUGUUCCAUCAAAUCCUCGUACGACAACAGCUACCAACGAUUGGGAGGUUCGAACUGUCAAUAUGUCGCCGCCGCCGCCUAACAAAAAGACACCUACCGUUAUUGUACCUAGGGCCAAUGUUAAAAUGGAGAAAAAAUUAACGAAACCCCUGCCAAGUUUGCCUAUAUCGAACGAUGUUCUUAAAAAUAUACCACCCUGCAAGAUAUCCUCGCUCAGGCUUAUCUCGGAAGCAAGUCCGAACCCAAUGAAAACGUGUUCACCGCCGUCUAACAACCCAACAGCUAAUCCUUCAGCAACAAACGAUUUUAAGGGUUGCAUCCUUUCCUCUAAAGCGCACGUUAACGAGAACAAUAAUUUAACGAAUGGUUGUAACAAUUUGAUCGGCACCAUACGUUCCCAGAACAGUCAGGAUCCAUUGUCGAGGUUAUCGCCAAUUGAAAAUGAUAACUGUCAGACGAAGAUAUCGUCAUCAUCGGUAGCCGAUGAAGAAGAUGUAGAAGAGGAGGAAGAGGAUUCCUCAUCGAGGAGCAGCGAAUCGAAAACGCAUCAUCAUCCACUUUCUCCAAUAUUAUCCGCACCUACAACGAUACGUUUCCCAGCCAGGGCACCCGAAAAGGAUAGGUCUCAGCCAACUGACAGUGGCAUUUGUCGAUGGGACAAAUGCGAAGCUAGUUUCGAGUCUAGCACCGGUCUUCUUGAACAUUUGCAGGUCGCUCAUAUCAAUACCCAAACCGGUGGAGACAAUUUCGUCUGUCAUUGGUUAGGUUGUAAGGUGCAAGGUAGAACGUCCUGUUCGAGAAGAUGGCUGGAAAGACAUGUCCUUUCACAUGGUGGAAACAAACCUUUUCGUUGUAUCGUCGAUGGAUGCGGCAGUAGAUUUAGUUCACAGACGACCUUGGAGAGGCACGUCAAUGGUCAUUUCAAUCAGCCUGAAACAAGUAGUAGCAGCGGUAGAAGGAGUUGCGAAAACGGUGGAAAACUCGUUAGGAGAAAUGGAAAGAGAUUGAGAUACAGAAGACAACCAUGGUCUGCACGACUUUUUGAUUAUUUCGAUUCUGGAGUCAUGGAAGGUCUUCAACAUAGAUUAUUGGAGCUGGCUAAGUCAAGAACGCAAGGCCGGUUAGCCGAGACGCCUGGUGACUCGAUGGCCCUAACUAGUCAAGUAUUAGCAAGAAGAGUAGAAAUGGAUGGGAAGAUCAAAGUCCUGCUACGAUGGUAUCCUCAGGACAUAGAACCGGACGAAUGGGUAUUAGAAUCUGAAGUACAAAGCACAAAACACGUAGGGAUACGUAAAUUAGCUGGAAAAAAUCCUGACGAAGUUAGUCUAGCGUUAUACCCAGCAAUGUGCGGUGGUAUACCACCUAUAACAAGAGUUAAACAACGUCGAAAACCAGUUAAGAAUUCGUGAUAAUGUCUCGUUAUGAGGAUUAUUCGAGGCCAAUAAAGACGACUGAGAAAGAGAGAGAGAAGGAGAGAGAGAGAGAGAGAGAGAGAGAGAGAGAGAGAGAGAGAGAGAAGGAGAGAAUAGAGAUAUGACAAAUAAACACAUGGACCGGAAUAUGUCCAGAUAAAUGUGUAAUGAUGGUUUAAUGAAAAGGAGCCUGGAUAGUGAUAAAAUAUUAUUGGACAACCUGGAAUAUGAUGCCGCGGAAACGACCGAUGUUAGACGAACGAAUGAAGAUUCGAAUCAGAUGACCAAAGCUGCUGAUUCCGCAGUACAAGAAACUCGGAGAGCAAUAGUAACGAUUUACCCUAACGAACAAGAAGAAGAAAGAAGAAGAAGAAAGAAGGAAGAAGGAGAAGAAAAAGAAGAGGAAGAAAAUACAUUCUAAUAUAUUUAGCCUAAAUAAGAAGAAAUCCUUUCUUAGAUCUCAUGUAUGAUGAAUCAUGAAUCAUCGUUGAAGAAUAUAAGGAUGUAGCUCGUUUUACCUGUUCGAGAAAGAGAGAGAGUGAGAGAGAGAGAGAGAGAGAGAGAGAGAGAGAGAGAGAGAGAAGAGAGAGAGAGAGUCAAACUGUAAAUAAUUGAUGUAACGCGCACGAGCACUCGGGCAUUUUUCUCGAGUGUGUUAAAAAAAGCCUAUGAGGGCUAUAUGCAUAGCUUAUUACGAAUUAUGGUGUUUGCAUUUAUUAUAAAUUCUAUGUAAAGAAGACGAAGACGAAGACGAAGACGAAGAU